UUCUCUUACUUUUUAUUUUUUUAGAAAUUAUCUUCAGUUUAUUUGAUUUUCCCUAAUUAUUAUUUUGCUUUCCUAUGUCCAUAUUUUCUUGCUUUUGGAAAAACUUGAGAAGCCAGAGAGAGGAAGACAUGGCGGCAAGGAGCAUCACAUACAUUACUGGCUCUCAGCUUCUCUCUCUUAAACGCCGUCCUAACAUCGCCAUCGUCGACGUCAGGGAUGAUGAGAGGAGCUACGAUGGUCACAUAGCUGGCUCACUUCACUUUGCUAGCGAUACUUUUCGUGAUAAAAUUCCCAGCCUUAUUCAAGCUGCUAAUGGCAAAGAUACCCUUGUUUUUCACUGUGCUCUUAGCCAGUGUUUGCAUCACAUUGGCAUGAGAUGAUUUAAAUGGAGUAGUGUGGUCGGUGAGGAUUCAUAUAGUCCGACCCAACUUGUUUGGGAUUGAGGAUAGUUAUUGUUGCUUGAUCACUCUACAGUUCCUUUUGGGUUCUGACUUAUCUGCUGUUGAUACAUUUCUUUAUGGAACUGCUAAUGGCAUCUUGAACUUAUCCCAGACUAAUCUUAGUUUCUAAUCUAUAUUGUGGUUAUUUGUCAACUCUCUUGGCAUUUCUUUUGCCAGAUUCAGUUUUUGGUUAAAGAGUGUUUCUGCACA